AUGCAUGUAGGAUUGAAAUCAGGCACAGUCUCUUUGCAAAGAAUAGUGCGAAAGGACGCACAUGCCUCAGACUUGAUGCGAAUGGCACCAACAAAGAGUCGAAAGCGUGAUGUUGGUGAAACGCUGAUGCUGUACGGAAGUUACAAAAGCGGAGGGACAUUUCCUGUCACGAUCUGUCAGCGUGUUGCUGUGCGCUGUAGUGUACCUACUGUACAGCAAAGUAUCAUACAACGCGCAUGUAUCUAUAGUAAGCAUCUGAGGUCGAAGUAUAAGUAUAAGUAUAAGAGCAGAAGAGACGCGUGCCGUGCAGAACGCAGCUCAGCACGAGAUGACGUAGCAGAGGCGUUGCCGAAGGCCCAAUUUCUGCGUGCCGAAAGCGGCGCACACAGGGGGGGUUCCCGCCGUUCGUCGGGCGGCGACAGGUGUCAAGGGAGGGGGCGCGGCAGUGGGGAGGCAGCGGAGGGGUGCAUGGUCACGGGCGCGAAAAUGCGGGAAGAUGCCGGCCGGUUGCGGCGGGAGCGCUGCUGCAGAUUGGCAUCUCAGCCCGCGCGGGCGCUGCGCGGGCUUGCGUGA